AUGACGUCCACCAAUGACGUUCUCUCCAUUAUAAUAUUAAGAAUAUUCAUCACAUACAAAGACACAGCGAUUGUAAAAGCCAAUAACCAGAACCUCAGCUUUACACUUCUCCUCUCACUCCUCUUCUCCUUCCUCUGUCCUCUGUUAUUCAUUGGACGUCCCUCAGAGAUGACCUGUCUUGUCCGACAAGUUUCUUUAGUCAUUAUUUUCACAGUUGCUGUUUCUUCAGUUUUGGUAAAAACAGUCACCGUGGUCUUGGCCUUUAGAGCCAUCAGACCUGACAGGACACUGAGGAGGUGGCUCGGGAGACAUCUCUCCAUAUUUCUUCAGAUCAUCUGCUCUUCCAUUGAGGCUGUGAUCUGUGUUUUCUGGUUGUCUUUGUCUCCACCAUUCCCAGAUUAUAACACUGAGAUAGAGGUUGGGAAGAUAAUCCUACAAUGUAAUGAAGGAUCUGCUGUUGCUUUCUAUGUGGCCAUUGGCUAUAUUGGGUUUCUGGCUGUGUUGAGCUUUAUUGUAGCAUUUUUGGCCAGGAAACUUCCAGACACCUUCAAUGAGGUUCAGUACAUCACCUUCAGCAUGUUGGUCUUCUGCACUGUGUGGAUCUCCUUCAUCCCGGCGUAUCUCAGCACCAAGGGGAAAUACAUGGUGGCUGUGGAGGUCUUCUCUAUUGAGGCUUCCAGUGCUGGACUUCUGGGCUGUAUCUUCUUCCCAAAAUGUUACAUUAUUCUACUGAGACCAGAACUGAAUAUAAAAGGCAAUUUAGUCAUUCCAACCAAAAUUGACAAAAUGUAA